AAAGAAGAAAGCCGUCAAUAUGAAGGAAGUAAAGACAGCGACAACAGCUGCUAUGGAGAUGUCGAGUCACUGUCCUCAGAUUCUUUCGAGCAAACGUCGGAUUCUGAAGGCGACCGCUCAGAAAUGUUCAGUAAAGGUAAUGUAUGUAACUUACUAAAAUUUUCCAAUAUGAUGACGAUGAUAAAAAUAAUACAGUUGAAAAGUUUGAGCCCGAAUCGUGAGAAUUGUUAGCCUGUGUCGCAGACGCUCUACUUAACCUUCUGCUAAGACGAUGCGUGGGUCGGCUGCAACGCAGACUAGAGAAUUGACUGACUUGACCAACACAUAAUCGAAAUACUACCGAAACGGGUAGACCGCGAAUUCAAAGACAUGCGUGACAGUUGAUUUUGGCGCCAGGCGUUAACGACUUAGGUCACGUGGCUUUGUUGUCAAACCAAAAAGGUGAACUCGCGUGGUGACAUUCUAUCUCAUUGCUGGCUUUGUCGUUCGUCGAUGAGAGUGUUCAGAGUUAAUAUAAAGCACUAGAAGGCUGAAACCGAGAGAAAGUUUCAUCGAUUGACUUUCUCCAAACGAAACUUUUCUCCUUUUUUGGUUGAAAUAGAACACCAUUACUUCACUGGGCCUAUCUUUCAGGGCUUCAAGUGUCCCUAUAUUUCCUAUAUUUUUAAACUUACCCUAUAUUUCCCUAUUUAGUUUGUAAAUGCCUUAUAAUCCCUAUAAUUCCAUCAGAAAAUACAAAUAGACUGAAGUUCACGAACUUCUGUUGGUGGAAUGUGACAAAGAAAGUGAAUUUUUCGGACCAUCCAAGACCAAACUGGUAAUAAGUUUAUUAUUAGUGCAUGUAAGUGUACUUAAUUUGAUGCUGCUGAGAUCAGUUAUUCUUUAUUCAGAUAUUGUUCAGAUCUUAGAAGGAGUAUGCCGAGAAGAUGUGGCAGCUUUGUGUGCACUCGUUUUUCAAAUGGAAGGGAUCGAUCAAUAAUUGGUUGCUUUUAAAGUAGCCAGUAGGAAAAUAAGAAUUUCCAAUCUGUGAUGGGGUAUCUCUAAUAAUGUGCAAGGUUAAAGCUCAGUCUGACAGAACGACUGUACCAUUCUCAAGACUAAUGUUGCUCCUUUCAUAAUUGCAACGGAAGACAAAACCAAUGCUGCAAAUGAUAAGGUUCACGUGGAGAACCAGAACCGUGGUCUUGCCUGAUCAGAAAGUGGCCCUUUUGAUUAACCGAAUAUUCGCAAGCAAAAGGAAUUACAUAUAAAGACACUGUGCUCCACUCCAAAGAUUUGCCUUGUCCACAAAAAAGUGGAGGGUAUCAGUCGUCAAGUACAAUUCUCCAUACUUGGUUUGUUGGUGUAGCUUCGAGUUUAAGCUAUGAUUCCUUCUUUUAAGUAUGGAUCUGUAGAUCACUCUUCAUGAGAAUUCUACAUCUUGCAAACAUCUCUAAAACUCUGGGUCCAGCCCAACAAAACAUAGCAGGGAGUCAUUGCUUAAAGGGACAAAACAACUCUACAUUCAAGCAUUUGGAACAAACUAUAGAAACUAAAACCUUCAUCAAAAGGUUAUUGAGUUGCAGUAUCAAGGUUAACGCUUUAAAAGUGGUCACAUUCUGUCAGAAACAAAAACCACCAGAAAUCAGUAGGUUUAAAACAAACCAGCUUCAUGCCCUCUCAAUGUGAGAAAAACUCCACAGCAUGAGCUACCCACCAGAAAAUAAAAAGGGUUUUAAACAUGAGGUUAAAGUUGUAUAGGCAUACCAAUAUUUCACGUUUCACCUAGAAAGAAUUCUAACAGUUGCAAAUAAUCACAAUAACCGUACUUCUUUAGGGUCAUUGUGUGUAUUAAUCUAGGUGCAUUUUUUUGCGUGCUCAAAGUUAGUGACCUUAUUCUCUACUAGUGUUCACAAUGUUGGACUAAAAUGUAUUGUGUUCCUUACCUUCUGCAGAGUUGCAAAACUGGCACUGGAUAAAAUACGCGUUAAAAAAUCCCUAUAUUUUCCCUAUUAUUUUACCAUUUUUCCUAUAUUGGCCCUAUAUUUUUGAAAAAUUCCCCCUAUAUUAAGCCCUAUAUUUUUGCUUAAGGCCACUUGAAGCCCUGAUCUUUGGCCCACCAAACACUCAGGAAUGUGACCACGUGAGUUUACCUCUUUAGUUUGGCAAGCAGAGUCACGUGGCUUGAAUCUUUAACGUCAGGCGCCAAAAUUAACUGUCACCUCUGAAUUCGCGUCUACCCGUUUCGGUAGUACCAGCUUUUCAACCUUUUUACGGUGGACGUAAGUUCAAAUAAUCAAUGAUAAAAGUAGUCGAAUUUGUGUAUUCGAGUGUAAUAGUUUACACGAACAUAUUAAAAGCUGAAAAAAAAAACGACCAAUGGGGCCUCAUACGAAAAUCGAAGAAGAAAGAAAAACAAAAAUCAUCGCGAAUCCUUAAGAAACUGAUCACCUCAGGAAGAAAACUUUUGUUGAUUCCUUGCAGUUGACUCUAGUUUGAAAGCCGGAUGGCGAUAUUAAAAAAAAAAAAUUAAGAAUAUACUGAUUACUGUUUAUGUGCACUGUGUACUAUGUGCUACAUGCUUUCUUUUCAUUACCAUUGAGACCACUUCGUAAGCACAUUCUAAAACAAUUAGUGUUUUCAAUAGUGACUUGAAGAAUGUUUAACUCGAUCUCAAAACAUUAUUUUAUAUUAUAUAUAUUUCUGGAGUUGAGGCAAAGCGAAUUGUAUAUUCUAUUUUUUAUUUCAAACCCUCUUUUUUGAUGUAGAAAAAAAUAGGAACAAGGUGUUUGUUUAUGGGCGAAAAGAGAGUCCAAAUGAGUGUCACUUUUGAGAACUUUGCACUGAACACUGUUCGUUUGUUUGUUUUGUUUUGUUUUGUUUUGUUUUGUUUUUUUUUCCUUAAUAUAGAAAACAAAAAAGACACGCAUUCUUGGGUAAAUAAAGACGAUAUUGUGCUAGAAGAGAGAGUUAACGAGGAUCGAACUUCACAGUUCAGAAACAGACUCGUCACAGUAUUGAGAGGUUGCCUAAUGUCCGUUAAGGAAGUAAAUGGCAAAGGAAGAUGCGACAAAAUCCAACGACUUUGGAAAGAAAGUCAUGCUUUUAAAAUUAAUGCGCACAUUCUUAGUACACCUGCCGAGGAUAUACCACGUCAUCUAAGCACAAUGCACGAAAGGUGGAUUACUCAAUUACAAUUCAACCAGUAUCCAGCAGAAAAUACUCAACAGUGGCUUUCCGUGAUCCUCCAAAGGAUGCUGCUUGACCCAGAUGAAGGUGGUUCAAUCAGUUUGAAUCAGCCAGCUGUUACUUCCGAAAGCAACUCUGUUCAAGGUGAUAACAGUUAGGUUAUGUUCUCAUUAUAUAGUCUUUAUUAUAUCAUCCGCGUAGAUUUGUAUUUUUUUCUGUUCUUGCUAUGUUUUCAGUCAGGCAAUUUCUCCGUCGCAAAACCCGGGAAAUUUUAAUGUAAAACGUCGCACAUUUGAUAAAAGCUUCAAACAGUACCCUGUAUAAAAAUCUAGGAUUCAGAAAUCAUGCAUCUUGAAGCUUACGUUUUCUGCAUGUGAACAAGAGGAUUGUUGUGUUUAUUUCGUGCCAAAAACAACUGCGUUUAUUUUAUUGACAAUUUGAUUGACCGGAGUUUAGCUGUUAGUAAUCAUAAUAUACAUGAAAGGCUACCUUUGAAAUAGUAAUGGCUACACUAGGUUGUGCUUUGCGUGAUGUGCAUUGAAUCCCGGUAUCAAUUCUGGUGGUCGUAAGUAUUGUCUUUGUGUUCAGAACUAGACUUGCCCUACACUGGUGAUGCCACAUCUGUAAAUGAAGUCUCAACAAUGAGAAGAAAAUCACUUGAUCAAGCAUUGAAUCCCUGUAACUGUACAACUUUUGAAGUCUGGGUACUGACUUGCUUGUACCCCCCAACAAGGAAGGCUGUUUUCAUUUACGUGAGUUUUUCAAAGCUUCUAUAAUGUACUUAUUAGUUAUUUAUAGAUGACGUGCGUUCGAGGAGGCCGGACACGCGAUAGUUGGAUCGUGAUAUUUUUUUCCACUUUUUGGUACCGAAACCGUUCGAAACCUUUAAAUGGCACAGGUAGAAGCCCUGAAAAGAGAUAAUGAUAGUUUAAAUUCUUUAAGGAAACAGAAUUAAAGUUGACUUAAGGUAUCAUCCACCCUCAAGCACCCUCCUCGCGUUGAUCGGCGCCAGCGCUUUUGCUUUUAACAAAUACCCCCAUAAACCGUACGUUUUCUGAAAGUUUAAUAGUUCCAGAUUAGUGCUCAUUUUUUUAAAAAAAAUCAAACUAUUAACGCGAUUUAGAAAUGAGAAGCUUUUUGUGAAAGUGGGUGUCACUGUAAAUUUAAGUCCAGUCCAGCCACAAAAUAAGGGAAGAAGCCAAUUAAGAACGCAUUCGCUUCUUAACACGUUUGACUAAAAAACCGUGUCUCAGAUUUUUGUCAAGUGCGUUUGUUCUGUUGUUAUAAGCAGGUGAAGUUAGGGAUAGCAAAUCAUUGGCACUACCUGUGAAAAAAAUACUGGAAGUCGAAAACGAAGAAAGAAAUCAAAAUUCGCUCUCGAACUCGUGGAACUCGAUUCCGCGGUAGUUUCAAUGGUUUUUUUAGGAGCUUUGUUAUCUUUUUGCCAUUUUUCUUGAUUGCAGUAGGAGCCCUUGUCGCUCUCUGCUAAUUUCGAAGCCCACUCUUUGGCGGCAAAACGAUUUUGUCGUCUUCUUUUGUCUUGGAGUCGAGGACGAAAACGGACAAGCUCUUUUUUCUUCUUUGGAGGCAUUCACUUUCGAACUCCAGGGAAAAACAGUGAGCACUAUACUUGUAAACCACGAUUUCUGUCAAAUUGCGUGAUUAGCUUGGUUCUACAGCGGCACGCGUAUCAAGUAUGACAGGACUUGUCAACGAUCAAUUAAAAUAAUUAGCAUACAAAAAACUUUUGCACUCCAUAAGUCUGCACAGAAAAAACAUUUUUUUUUAAAAGAAAGCUCUUGAUGAGCUCUAUCUAAUCGUCUAAAAAUUGCAAAUUUAGAAAAAUGAUUAUUUUUUUUACCCUGGAUGAUACCUUAAAAGAGUUAAGAGUGCCUCAAGGCAAAACUUAAAUCACCUGUCGUCGAUAACCAAGAACAAGAACAUGGUGUACAGUUCCAAAGUCACGAGUACGAUGACCUUGCGGCCACAAAUAAGAAGACAAGAUAGAGCGUUUAUUAUGCAAACUUGAGAAUUCAUCCCGUCUCGAAUAACUAAAAAACUCACUUUUUGGAUAUGGUGUCGUAUAUGGAACGUUUUACCGCAGAAUAUCAGAAAAUCAAAGAGUAAAAAAAUAUUGACAGAAAAAAAGUACACGCAGUGUUCAUCAAUGUCCUGAAGUCUGAAAACUCGCACCCUUCAACAUCUUCUAUUAUUGAUCUAGUGAAAAACAUUUAACAUUGUUCAACUAAAAUAACCUUGUUGCUUAAUACUUAAUCAGCUCUAACUUCCCGUAUUUCGCGCUAUAUAAUUAUGUAAGUGUAACUUGAUGGUAUCUCUUGUAUUUUUGCGUGUAUCUUAAGUUCUUGUAUCUCGCGCCAUAUAUGUAAGUGUAACUUUGUUAUCUAUUGUAUUUGGUACCAUAUAACUUGGUCUAUUUACCCGCCUCCGUUAGCUAUUGCUACUUGCAGGUAGAUCCUUUUCCAGUUUUAAUUCAUGCCAUAAUAAAAUUUCAGUCAGCAAUGUAAACUACCAAUGGAGCGAUGUGAAAAACAUAUAUUCACUUUUUUUUUAUAUUUUUUUUACCGAUGCAAUCAAUUAAUACCUAACUUCUAGCUAAAAGCAUGUAGUUUCCACAGCUGAAACAAAUCGUGUUUAUGAAAUGGGACACAUGUAAACAACUAAUCAUUUAAAAAUGGACACCUAUACUGCUCAAAGAAAAAAACAUUGCGAUGGUUUGAGAAUUUCAAAAUGCACAAGAAACAAACAACACUAUAUCUUCACAAUAUCACACACAAAAAAAUCCGCAAAUGCCAACUGUUUUAUUUUUAAGGUUGCGGACAGAAAGGGCGUUUUCCCUCCCGAAUCGUGGUUUGAAGAUGAAGAUUGUGAACUUAUGAUUAAAGGCUUGAACUGUCAGCGAUGGAGAGACAAUUUAGUAACAGAUAAAGGAAAGAGGAUGCAGGAGCAGCCAGGUAUUUGA